AUGAGUAAGCCCGACUGUGAAAUAGUCUGGUCGCAUAAGAACACUAUCCGAAACCCUCUACCUCCAUUACUGCAAAUCAUACUCAAGGACGCCGAGAUCGAUAGGCCAAGUAACAAGGAAAAAGAUGAUGUUGCCACAGAAAUCCUUCGCAGGCCCAUUGGGUCGGGAAACCAUGAAAUUACCAUCUUCACGCGCUCAAGCCCCACAACCCUCACUCCAGGCGUCUCCUACAAGAAAGUCGAUUACACCGACCGCGCCUCCCUCACAUCCGCUCUUCAAGGCUUCGACAUCUGCCUCUCCUUCCUCGUAGUCCACCUCGACACCAAUUGCACCGUCCAGAAGAACCUUAUCCACGCAUGCAUCGCCGCCGGCGUGAAGCGUUUCGCGCCCUCAGAAUGGGGGAUUAAGAAUAAUAACGGGUGUCCGCCCUACGCUAACAAGGACGCUAUUGCCGAGUACCUCGCGGAACUUAAGGGAAAGGGAGAGCUGGGGCAGAUGGGGUACUGUCUCUUCCAGCCGAGUAUCUUCAUGGAUUAUUUUGCGCAUCCGAACCCCCUGAGUCCAAACCUCAUCACGUGGCCAUUUUUCAUUGAUUUCGAGAAGCGACGCGCCAUGAUCUUGGAUAACGGGAACCAGCCCAUUGUCGUGACUGCUAUAGCGGACAUUUCGGAUGUGCUCAACCUCGCGCUCGACUCCCCUGAACCCUGGCCCACCAUCGGUGGUAUGCAAGGCGCGCGCACCACGAUUAAUGAACUCGUCGCGCUGGGUAAGCAGCUACGAGGUGGUGAGUGGACGGUGGAGCACGUCAAGGGCGAAGAAAUCGAGAACGAUGUGCUAACCGCGAGCUGGGUGCCGCAGAUGAGCCAUCCGGUGAUUCCGAACGAGAGCAGAGAUGCGUUCUCGAAGGAGUUUGUUAUCAUGUUCUUCAAAGGUAUUUUGCGGGGUGCGUGGGAUGUGAGUGAUGAGUGGAACAAGAGGUUUCCGGAGUAUAAGUUUACGGGGUUGGAGGAGUAUCUCGGGAAGGCUUGGGAGGGGAAGCCGUAA